UCCGACUUCCCGGUCCGGCUUCCUCCCAGACGGCGCAGACACUCGGCCAACUCCUGGAGGAACCCGAACCGCUCCAACAGAACCGACGCGUCGGACCUCCGGCCGGACCCGAGGCCUCCCAGAGCGGAGGAAACGACGGGAGCGAUGACCAAAACCCCCAGAACGCUGUCGUGGUCUGCGGACGACAGCGCGAAGAAUCCGGACGAAGAGGAAGGACGCGCACCUGCAGAGGAGGAGGAGGAGGAGAAGGAGGAGAAGACACGAGGCGAGAGGACACCGGACUUCUCGGUUCCGGUACCACCUGUCCAUGUACCCGCCGCUCCUGUGACCUCACGAGACAAUCCGGCGGCUUGGACCGCUAACGACCGACCGAUACCGGACCGCGGUGCGGCUGUCGGAGCCGGGUCCGAGUCGGAGGAGGAGAGUAAAAAAGCGGCUCUACGGUCGAAGGAGCGCCGGUGGGAGCCGGAGGAGGGCGAGGAGGCGGAGACGCGCGCCGUGGCCUCGUCACCGGACGGCCGCUUCCUGAAGUUCAACAUCGAGAUCGGACGAGGCUCGUUCAAAACGGUCAACAAAGGCCUGGACACCGAGACCACGGUGGAGGUGGCCUGGUGCGAACUGCAGACAGGCCGGGUGUCCAAGGUGGAGCGUCAGAGGUUCAGUGAGGAGGUGGAGAUGCUGAAGGGCCUGCAGCAUCCUAACAUCGUACGUUUCUAUGACUCCUGGAAGUCGACCCUGAAGGGCAACAAGUUCAUCGUUAUGGUGACGGAGCUGAUGACCUCUGGGACACUUAAAACUUACCUGAAGAGGUUUAAGGAGAUGAAGCUGAAGUUGUUGCGGCGUUGGAGUCAUCAGAUCCUGAAGGGACUUCACUUCCUGCACACCAGAACUCCGCCCAUCAUCCACCGCGACCUGAAGUGUGACAACAUCUUCAUCACGGGGCCCACAGGCUCUGUCAAGAUAGGAGACCUCGGCCUCGCCACACUCAAGAGCGCCUCCUUUGCCAAGAGUGUCAUAGGUACUCCAGAGUUCAUGGCUCCUGAGAUGUAUGAGGAGAGGUAUGAUGAGGCGGUGGAUGUCUAUGCUCUGGGCAUGUGUAUCCUGGAGAUGACCACGUCUGAGUAUCCCUACAGCGAGUGUCAGAACCCGGCGCAGAUCUACCGCAAAGUCACCAGUGGUACGAAGCCAGACAGUUUCUUCAAGGUAAAGCUUCCUGAGCUGAAGGAGAUCAUUGAGGGCUGCAUCCAGACCAGCAGCCAUGACAGGUACACCAUCCAGGACCUUCUGGACCACUCCUUUUUCCAGGAGAACAAUGGCGUCCACGUGGAGCUGGCCGAGGAGGAUGACGGUGCCAAAGGAGCCCUGAAGCUCUGGCUGAGGAUGGACGACACCAAGAAACUGCAAGGCAAAUACAAAGACAACAACGCCAUCGAGUUCCUGUUCGAGCUCUACAAGGACAUUCCUGAAGAGGUCGCCCAAGAGAUGGUGAUUUUAGGGUUCAUAUGUGAGGCUGACUAUAAGCUGGUUGCGAAGGCGAUCAGGGACCGAGUCACCGCCAUUAAGCGGCAGCGUGAGAAGAGGAGACGACUUGCAGAGGAAGCGUUGCGGUGUAGACAGGAAGCUGUCAUCGAAGAGGAGCCCGAGUCCGCACCCGAACCCUCUGUAGCUGCCAGACAAAAAGCUGCUGCUGCUGCCAUAAACUCUCCCCCUGUUUAUUCUGCCCCAACAGCCGAUCAGACUUCAGACUCUGUUUCAGUCCCACCCCCUGACCGGGUUCAAACCCUGCCCACAGCGACCAUCUCAGGGCCACAGGUGUCAUUACCAGUGCUGUCAUCAACCGGGACUCCAGUGGAUUCUGGGAAAUCCCCCUCCACCAAACCAGAAUUGGCAGAGAGAAAGAGAGAGAAAGAAUGGGAAGAGGAGGAAGAGCAGCAGAGGAAGCUGGUCACCAACCCUAAACACACCUCCUACUCUUCCGCUGCAUCGGAUUGUGAGACAGACGACUACCUCAGCUCCUCUGGUUUCCUGGAUACAUCUGAAGCACCACGCCGUUUUAUCAUCCCCACCUCAUCCUCCUCUGUCCCUGCCUCCUCCAGUCCCUUAGCCAAGGAAACUACGUGCUCUGAGACUCCACCCACUGAGGCCCAGCCAAUCCCUGCCCUUCGUUUCCCUGCGAGUAUCGCUGUCUCUCACAGUGCUGAGCACCAUCCCUCUGGAUCAGCUAGUGGCUUCUCUUCCCCUGUUGACAGCUACACCUCCGAUUUUACAUCAGGCUUGAGUGAUGGCAAUGACGGCCUAUCAGAGAACAGCAAAAAGGACAUGACCAAACGCUCAGCCAACAAAAUGUUCAGGAGAAGACCUAGACCCUGCCUUCAGAUUACAGGGCUGUCAGACUUGGUGGAUCGUGUGGUGGAGUGUCGGCUGCAGACUCAUAACAGCAAGAUGGUGACUUUUAAAUUUGACCUGGAUGGAGACAAUCCUGAGGACAUCGCUGCCAUCAUGGUGAAGAGUGAGUUCAUUCUCUCCUCAGAGAAAGAAAGAUUUAUCCACCGGCUGUGUGACAUCAUCAAGAGAGCAGAGCUGAUGAUGCAUCAGAUUCAGCCAAUCACUGCAGCCGAUACUGACGGGAUCCCCCCCCUCCCCACCCCAGACCUCCCUGCAUCGCAGGGACUUGUAAGAACUGUGUCAUCCUCUUCACUGCCAGGUUCUUCCCAGUCCUUCCACCCAGCCCACCCUACACACCCCCCCCCAGCCUCCCAUCCAGACUCAGUCUCCGCUGCUUCUCAUUACUCCCCCCUGACCCCCCCGAAUUCCACCGGUCACCUACCCCCUGGCCUACCUCAGGGUCUCAGCAACCCCAGCCUCUCCUCUCACUCCUUCAUGGAGGUGAAUCAAGGAACUCCUCCCUCCUCCCUCCCUUCCCAACCCCUCCUUCCUACUCCUCACUGGCCCUCGUCAGCCCCGCCCCCGCCCAUUUUCUCCCUGGCCAAUGUUCUCUCUCUUGCCAUGAGCGUUGCCCACACCUUCCUGCCCCCGCAAGAGCCCCCAGGCCAGGGCUUACAACCCCUCUCUGCUCCCCCUGCCCCCCCCAACAUCUCAAAAUCCCUGCCCCUCAGCCCCGCCCAUGGCUCCCUCUCCCCACCCAUCUCUCCAAUACCCCACCCUAAACUCCACCCCCCCUUCUCGAAGCCACGCCCAUCCCCUCUUUUCCCUCCCCACCUCCUCGCCAUGCCCCAGCCAGGCUAUCCCCUCAGCCAGCCUCCCCCUUCUCUUCCUCUCCCCUCUCAGCUCCAGAUAAUCCAUAAAAACCACCAGCAGGACACGCUGUCAGCAGGGCAGGCCCUCACCUCAGGGCUUUUGAAGGGGGAAUCAGGAAGUUCAGGUUCCUUUGUUCCUGAUGCAGUGAGUGGAUCUCAGGGUUCAGGCUCCUUCCUGUCCAAAGGAUGGUCCUCAAAUUGGACAGACAGCUCUGACAUCUCGGCCUCUUCCUCAGCUGUGCUAUCUACAUAUGAAGAGAAGGAACCACCAGUCAUGACAGUUGGUCGUUUUCAGGUCACGCCAACUAAAGAAGACCCCGCCUCCAAUGCCUCAAACCCCCUCCAGACUCUGCCCCCUGCUCACUCCUCCCCGCCCACUAGGAACAGCCAAUCAGAGACUAGCACAAAUGAGCAGGACCAAUCGGAGAACAGCAUCAGUGCGUCGCUUGGUUCCCUGCCCACUACCACUCUCACUGGGGCUCUUGGUUGCUAUGACAACCCCCUCCACAGGCCUGACAACUGUGAGAGGGCGGAGAAAAAAGGAGGGAGAGAGGAAAAAAAGAGGGAAGAGAAAGCUGGCGAGGAGGAGAAGAGACAGGGAGGAGAGAGGAGGCUCAGUGUGAUGCUGCGGGAGGGGAAACUGGGUAGCCCCAAUCCAAGCGGAUCCUGGAUGAGCCACUCCCGCGCCGCCUCCUAUGUCAGCUCUGAUGAAUCAGACAGCGAGGAUGAGGAAAUGUGGGAGGAGCUGCAAAAGCUGCGUGAAAGACACCUGUCGGAGGUUCACACUCUCCAGGCCAAUCAGAAGAGAGAGAUUGAGCAGCUCUAUGAGAGGAUGGGUAAAGUCCCACCCCCUGGUAUCGUCUCCCUGGCCGCCAUGCUUAACAACCGCCAGCGACGGCUCUCCAAGUCGGGGAACUACCCCCCCGCCCACAGAAACAGCCUGCAGAGAACAGAUAUACUGCCCCCGACAGGUAUCAUGCGUAAGAACUCUGUAAGCAGCAGUGGAUCUCAGGAGAGGUCAGGGAAGGGUGUGACCUUUGCCCCUGAACAUAGUCACAUGUGAAACGUCAACUCUGAAUGAGAAACAUCUGGUUGUCACUUCUCUAUAUCUCAUCCCUCCAUCCUGUGGUCACAGAGAUGGAGACAGGAAGGACCACAGUGGCCGGCUGAAGACAUCUUGAUGUUGCAUGGUUGAAGCUGUGUGUUGUGUUGUGUUUAGUGAAGGGGGGGGUCACCUAAACCCACCAGCAGCUUUUUGAACUCCUGCACUUCCAACUAAUGCACACGACACCGCCCUCCAUGAGGGAUCAAAUGGGAGGGGUUUAUUUAAUGGUAUUUUGGUGAGGCUGCGUGUGUUUAGAGCAUAGUGAGUGUGAGACUGGACAUCAGAGAGCUGGGUUAUGCUGCAGGAUUAGUUUGAGAAGAUUUUACGGACACUUUCAUACUUCUUUUCCUGCCAUGUAAAACAGUCUCCAUUGGCGUUCAUUUUAUCCGACAUGGACUCAGUUGCCCAGAGAUCCAGGUGUCAGGGAAGGAUGCAGCUACCAACUUUUCAUCCACCUUUCAUCAUCAGUUCCGUAACCUACAGAGGUCGUAGGAGCACGGCUGAUUGUGCUUCAGUAGGGGGAGACUUUUUAAAAAGUGCUUUGAACUAAGUUUUUUUCCCCCUGUUCAUGAAUUCAACCCGUUUUGCAGGCUGACACCAAGACUUUACGACACCAGAUGCGAGCUUUGCUUAGGUAUAUAUUUGACACAACACAACUAUCUCUGACACGGCUCUGGCUGUGACUCCAGUUUUCCCUUGUGUUUCUGUGUCUCCACCUCCCUCGUCUGUCUCUGUGUCUGUGGGCGUGGCUGUGGCGUGGGUUGUGGCUCUUCCUCUUUCUCCUCUGGUUCCUGCUUCACCUCUACACCUAUCUUCAAUCCACUCUGUGCAUAACUGUAGUCCACUCACUUCCGGGUUCUA